AUGGAUAUUUCAACUGGAGACAUCCAGCAAGUUCUUUCCAUUGAUCAAAUUCGUUCGAUCAGGGCAAACAAUGAUUAUGUGGAGCGACCAGCUGUCUCAUUCAUGCAGACCUGGUCUAAUCCUUCCAUUUCCCAACAUGCUGCAAAGCAAGAGUGGUCGAAUGACCACCUGGUGUCCUAUAAUCACCAGGAUUUACAUCGCAGCCAAAGCCAUCAACACCAAUCACAACAUCUUGUCCAUGAUCUAAGUCAUUCCAGUACAAUAAGCUCAGUUUCUCGGAGUACCACAGCAUCAGACCAGAGAUUGCUAACUGGAAUCACUCCAUCCAAUUCAGGGCAUUCACUUAUGAGGACACAGCCUAAGGAUGGUGACCCGAAGCAAGGCCAAUUUAUUAAAGGGAUAAUGGAGAGGUCAGAUAGAUACAUGGGCCAUCUUUUCAUCUGUGAGGAGUGCGGGCGUUGUAUUUGUGAUGAAUGCGCACAAGUUCGGAAACUCCCUUCCUGUUGGAUUUGUAACCAGCGCUGCUUGUGCUCGGCCAAAAAUGUCAUUGAGUACGGAACUUGCCUUUGUUGUAUCAAAGGCCUCUUCUACCAUUGCUCUUCCGAUGAUGAGGACAACUGUGCUGACAACCCCUGCUCUUGCAGCCAGGGAUCCUGCUGUGCUCGAUGGGCAGUCAUGAGCUUCCUUUCUUUCUUCAUGCCCUGUCUAUGCUGCUAUCCUCCUCUUAAAGGUUGCCUGACACUCUGCCAGAAAGGCUAUGACAAAGUAAAAAGACCAGGCUGUCGCUGUGAGAAUCAUACCAACACUGUCUGCAGGAAAAUAUCCUCCUCUAGUGGCACACCGUUCCCAAGGCCUUUUGACAAACCAGUAUGA